UGGUGUUUAUAAAACUUUUCUCAAACAAAACUCAUGCGUCAUGAGAUUACUUUUUUCUUUCACAGGGGCGUGUGGGAACAGAGGAGGUAGCUUUCUGGCAUUGCAGGGGCAGUGAGCGCUGUGAUGUUGUUUCUGGUUGCAAUCGGAGUCUCUCUUCGCUUCACCGUGCUGGUGUUUCUGGUGUUUUGUGUCAUUUCUAGGCCACCGUUGCUGCUGCUUUUUUUUAUUUAGUGUUUUCUAUGUUGCCACCUCGUGGUGCCAUUGUUGGACUUAAUUUUCCGUACACCCCCUCCAGCCCUCACCCAUCACCGGCUAUGUGUCUCGUUUCAUGUAAUUUUCAGCAGUUGUUCCCCAGUGAUUUUGUGUGAAGUGCAGGGCAGCAGAAUCCCCGCUGUGAGGAGGGGUGUGUGAGAAUACACACAAACAGACAUACAUGCACACACCCCCACGAUUUCUCCGAAACGUGGAAGAUAAUCGGAGUCAUAUUCAUGGUUUGCAGGCACUUUCUGAUGUUUAUUUCCUCAUAUUCAUGUGUGUGUUUGUAUGUUAUGUUGCAUGCGAGUGCUUUCCGUGGUGUGUGUGUGUGUUUAUCUGUAUGAAUUAGCUCAUACAGUGGUGUGAAGCAGCUGGUCUGUGGUUGUCUGUGCAGAAACGCACUGAGAGAAGGCAAGAUUACACCCGGUUUAAAUGCUGCUUUGGGCACUUGGCUGAAAUGGUUCAAAAUGGCGCAACAAUGGGAGGUACUCCAGCUUUGAACUGUACCCGCUUGCUGCUCCAAGCAGUGACAUUUUUAAGGACGAAAUGCAGCACGGGUAAAUGGACCAUUUUAUUUCGCUGCCCAAGUGUGAAUAUGUGGUACUUUUCCAACUGUGGAUUUUCUUGCAUGUAACAGAAAACGUGUCAUUUUGGUUUGUGCGCAAGCAGGUUUACAUGUGUAUUUGUUGAUGUGCGUGUGAGUAAGUUUGGUUGAGCUGUGGACCAAAGGGUUGAACUGAGCGCACAGCGGCUGGCCGACCUUUACUAGAUGUCAUCCUUCUUUUUAUAAGCGGUUCUCAUGCUGGAGUGAGAAUAACAUGAACAGGACUUUUUAAGAGUGGAUUUGACAAAGCACCUGGUUAUGGAGAUAGUGAAGGUGUGGAGCGAAGAUGGAGCCGGUAAAGUGGUGGAGAUCCCAGCAGAUAUGAUGGCGAGAGAUGUCUGCCAGCUCCUGGUCUAUAAGAGCCACUGUCUGGAUGACAAUGCCUGGACACUGGUGGAGCACCACCCUAUCCUUGGCCUUGAGAGAUGUCUGGAGGACCACGAGCUGGUGGUUCAGGUUCAAGCCUCCAUGAGCAGCGACAGUAAAUUCCUCUUCAGGAAGAACUAUGCCAAAUAUGAAUUCUUCAGGAACCCCCUGAACUUUUUUCCAGAGCAGAUGGUGGCUUGGUGUCAGGAGUCUGAUGGCUCAAUCCCUCAGUCACAGCUCUUGCAGAACUUUCUGAACUCCAGCAGCUGUCCAGAGAUCCAGGGCCACUUGUACUUGAAGGAGCCUGGACGCAAGUCCUGGAAGAAACUCUACAUGUUCCUGCGACGCUCUGGGCUCUACUACUCUACUAAAGGAACAUCCAAGGAGCCCCGACACCUGCAGCUGCUGUCAGAUCUGGAGGACAGUAACAUCUUCACCAUCAUCACGGGCAGGAAACUCCACAAUGCUCCCACAGACUACCAGUUCUGCAUCAAGCCCAGUAAAGCGAGGAGCGACUGUAAGGAGCUGAAGAUGCUAUGUGCAGAGGACGAACAGAGCAGGACCUGCUGGAUGACUGCCUUCAGACUGCUCAAAUAUGGGAUAGUACUAUAUCAGAGCUACAACGUUCCCCAGCAGAGGAAGUCUAACCUGUCACCUUUCUCUGCGCCUGUGCGGAGUGUAUCUGAGAACUCCCUUGUCGCCAUGGAUUUCUCCGGACGGACCGGCCGCGUCAUUGACAACCCGGUGGAGGCCCAGAGCGCUGCGUUGGAGGAGGGACAGACAUGGAGGAAACGGAGUCAGCGUAUGAAUGUGCUGGGCAGUCCCAGCCCCCUGCACCCAUCCUCUCUGAGCACAGUGAUCCACAGGACACAGGUAUGGUUUCAUGGACGCAUCAUGAGAGAGGAAGCCCACAGAAUGAUCAUACAGCAAGGCCAAGUAGACGGGUUAUUCCUGUUGCGGGACAGUCAGAGUAAUCCCAAGGCAUUUGUGCUCACCUUGUGCCACCACCAGAAGAUCAAGCACUUCCAGAUCCUUCCGUGUGAGGAGGACGGUCAGGUGUUCUUCAGCCUUGAUGACGGCGCCACCAAGUUCACUGACCUGAUCCAUCUGGUGGAGUUUUACCAGCUCAACAGAGGAGUGCUGCCCUGCAAGCUCAAACACCCCUGUACCGCUGUGGCCUUGUGACACUCCAAACCCCCAACACCUCCACCCCCCUUUUGCACACCUCUCACCCUGAGAUCCCCCCCCCCCCCCAUCUGCCCCUCCCUCACCAACGCAAUGAGGUUGAGGAGAUAGAGAAAAGUCAAGUUUCGGGAUGUGAGCAACUCAGCGGGAGCCCGUGCGUUUCUCUGCCUUACCGCUGUUUGGAUGUUUGAAUGGCAACCGUUUGAACAGUUCCAGAUAGUAGACCCAGCAGCUGCCCGGCUCCUGCAACGUUAUCAAGGAGACUCAGUCGUUUUGUCAUUGCCGUUUUGAUCCUGGAGAGAGAGACCAUAUGUUGUGAACCACGAGACAGCUAAGGUCUGUCCCAGAUGGAUCCCCCACCCCUCAGAAUCCCUCACCCUUCAGCCCCACAACCUCCCUCAUCCUCCAGGCCUGAUAAGCUGUGGUGCCCACCCCACCCGAGGAGGGCGGGGAGCACCACCCUCUGACUUCCUCAUCAAUCAUCAGGGAUGGACGGGAACCUCUCUGGGUCUUAUCAAACAUGAUCCAGGAGUCUUCUCAACCUGUGCAGUCCAGUCUGGAUAAGCUGACACCCCACACACCCCACCACCACCACCACCACCACCACCACAACCCGAGCGGACUUGAUGCGGCCUCUCUACUGUGUCUUGUCCCACAAUCCCCUGGUGCAACCCUGAUACCACCUCUCCUCCUCCACAAAAGCUCAGAGAAAAGUUGUGAGAAAAAAGAGAAGUAGCUAAAGGAAGAAAAGCAGAGCAGUGGCGAGGGAUUGCUGAAAGGACAGAGGAAUGUUUAUCAGGAACGCUGUAACAAGCCUCUCCUGUAGAGUUGAUUACUUGAUGUCAUUUUAAUGCUGUUUUAUUACUGUUGAUUCAAUGCAGAACUAGUUUUGCACUCCUGGGCGGACAGAUGACAGCUGUUGUCUCCAGCUAAAUGAAGCUGCUUUCUGUUCGUCCUCCUUCUCCUCCCCCCUUUUUAGAAGGAUGCAUGUGAAUUUCCACGAGUUUUGAUUGGAUUACAGUGGCGUGGGAGCAAAGAGAGUCACGGCUGAUUAUGCAGUGCCUUUCAGACAGGUUUAAGAAUAUCUUGGACCUCUGUGUGGCUUGAACCAACAUGACCAUGCUUUGGUAAAAAAAUGAAUGUGCUCUUGAAGUGUCUGCAGUGAUGAAGAGGAGGAAGACUGUUAAAUAGACUCCUGAAAAGUACGUCCACCCCCAGGCUUCUACAAUAUAUUUUUUUUUUAAUUGAAAGGGUUAAAUCUGUAGGUGAAUUUUUCUUUGAAUGUUAUUUUCUUUUCCUAAGUCUGAGCUCACUGCUUGCACAUUUUAUUUAUCUCGAUUUGACGUUGGUGGGUUGGAGGUGUCCCAUUCAGAUUCUGACCACUGUUCACUCACUCUUAGAAAAGACAAAUCAACAAAAGCACUCCCAUUACAUCUUGUUUUGUUUGUUUUAAUACGGAAUUGAAGAAAUAACUUGAAAUGUGAACUCAGUUGACUGUUCAUCAGCACACAGUCAAAUGAGAUUCACUCGCCUUAAGUGAAAAUUGCAAGCGUUGCGCAUGAAAUCCAAGUUAUAUUAAAAUGCACAUAUAGUAACAGAUUUUACGAGGAUGGAAUUACAUCAGUGUUUAAGAUUAUGUUAAAUGAUAACAAUUUUUGGAAAUACUCUUGUUCACAUUCUUACUGAAAGUUAAAUGGGAAGAUCGAUAAAAAUCUCACAUCUGUAAAUGUGAAACUUCAGCCUGCAGCCAGUUAGCUUAGCUUAGCAUAAAGCCUGGAAACGGGGGGAAGCAGCUAGAUUGGCUCUGUCAAAAGGUAACAAAAUCUGCCAUGUUAUGUCUCAUUGAAAAAGACAAUUUGUGGUUUUACCAUCUGUUGUGUGCUGGACUAUUCCAGGUGCAGUCACUUCCUAAGCUAAGCUAGGAUAACCAGCUGCAGUAUGGUAGCUUCAUAUUUGCAGUACAGACCGCCAGUCAUGGAUUUAAUGGGUUUCUCCUUGACUUUUUCAGGUAUGUGUUCCCUGGAUUCUUUUCCUACACUGUGUCAGAUAAACUAAAGACAUGACAAUGGUAUCGAUCUUAUCAUCUUUCUCUUGGUAAGAAAGCAAAUAUUUUCCAAAAUGUCAAACUAUUUCUUAAAAUUGAAAAUCUACUUGAAUAUGCUUUAGAAAACAGGUACUGGUGUGUAACCUUCCAUUUCUGAGCUUAUUUCUUCAUUGGGUGCUGUAUCUUAUUUCUGCACAUACAUGGUUAAAAUAUAAGAUGUCCAGAUAUCUGCAGCAGACUGUUAGCAUCAGUGGUGAACAUCAGGUAGCCUCAGUAGACCAGAAUGCCUUGCAGCCCUCAGGCAAGUGGUCAGUAGGGUUAGCUAUACCAGUGUUCAUGAAUCAUUUAGAGCUGAAAUGAUCAAUUGAUUAUUCUGUAGAAAAUUGACUGGUAACAGUUUGGAUAGUUUUUAAGCAAAAACGUGAUGGCUCCAACUUCUCCAGUGUGAGCAUUUGUGCUUUUUUUGUCCUGUAGUAAACUGAAUAUCUUGUGGACCUUGGUAUGAAGGAAAUUAUGAUGUACAGUUUUCACAAAUUUCUGUCAUUUUACAGACAAAUGGGAAAAAAAAUGGCAAAUGUAUAAUAAUGUAGCUACCUUGCUCACCUUCUGUGACUGCAUGGCAGUAUUUCCUUGAACACAACAUAGAGAUGCAAAAUUAUGUACAGCAGUUAAUGGUGAGAGAAACAUUUUUUGAUUCUGUUUGAACUGUGCUAUUAAUUGUACAUUUUUGUCAAUUUUAAAGAAUUCAUUUGCAACUGAAGAAAGUCAGUUUGUCAUAAAACUGUUAAAGUAUAGAAAUAUAUAAUUAGAAAGACUAUGCACAGUCUCAGCAGUCUUGUAAAUGACACUGACUUGAUUAACAUUCACUAAAACCCUUGAAUUAAACCUUGUAAAGCCGGUUCCAUGUGCAGCUAGCUUACACAAUUCCUUUCACAUAGCUGUAGCUGUCAACAUGGCCAGACCUGCUGUGAUUUUCACCUCUUAAUAUUCUUUCUAUGCCAAGGUGAAGGUUGUGGUAUUUAACUCUCUUUGUGUCAAACUGUGACUUUCUUGACUUGAGAAAUUAAAUUGUAAAUUGACAAAUGUGUAAUUCAUGGCAAAAUUCAAACGAAAUCAAAAAUGUAAUUAUUAUUCUGGGAGAUGAAGUAGGAAGCCUUUGUCCACCAAAAAAGUAGACUAUGACAUUUAAUCACUAAACAAAUAUUACCUAAAGCCGUGAUAUGUAGGAAUUGAAAAUGUCCAACUUUGUCACCACCUAGUGGUAACAAAACACAGCUUUUUUCACAUGCUGUAUUUAACUAAAAAAUAGCUAAUUUAGUGGCUUAAACAGAUGAUCUGAGUGGAUUUUUAUUUUCUCUCCGCAUCUGAAAGAAAAAUGAAUGAAUUUGUAGGAACAUGCUUUUGAAGUCUUUUCCUGCCCUCUCCUACUGUCGCGUGACCAGCGAAUGAAAAGCUUUGCUUUGUCCUCCCGCCCUCACCUGCACCUCCUCUUUAUCCUGUGCCAGACUGAGUGAACAGGGUUUGCACGAGGCCAUCAGACACCCUGCCAGGCUAACUAAACUCUCUCCAAGUACUGUCAUUGACUCGCAAGCCACUGCCACCAUUCAACCAAUUGCGUGACUUGACUGACUCACCAGCUCUGCGUUCCACCAAUCAGGCCUUUCUAGUCAGCCAGGGCAGACUCCCUCCCUCCCUCUCUCUCUCUCUCCAGGGAUUGGAUAAUGCUUGAACCCCUACCCCCCUUUCCUACCUGUGUCCAGCCUGUAAGCUAUGACCCUGUGGUGAAUGCGUGUGUGUGUGUGUUUGUUUGUGUGUGUGUGUGUCGAUGGCCAGACUGUUAUAUUUACUAUUCAGGAUUGCUAAGUGUGCUGGUUAUCAUAACUUGCUUUUUUUGAGAUUGUAAGAGGAAGGCUUUCUGUCAGUUGGGUAAAGUCAAGCUAAGCCGUGGAUUUACAGGAGACGGGAGUUUAGCUGGAGGUAUCCCAGCAUUCUCAGUGCUCAGAUGAGGUUCCUUCCUGUCAGUCAAAGAAACCACAUUGUUUUGGGUCAGCAGGGGCGAGCCACCAUCCUCUCCUUCUCCCUCCAUUUUUAAUCACUGUGCUACAAUGCAAUCCUAUACACAAGCCCAAGUAUAUGAAUAUACCAGUAUACAGUAUCAUUUGUUUUCUAAAUAUGUGAAGCUAUGGAGAAGACGUAGAUCUAACACUGUACCUAGGUCACAGAUCACUAUGUAUGGGGUGUUAUGCUUUUGCUCAUAACUCCGUGUAAAAUGAAGAAUGAUUUAUUUUGUCCUUUUUUUCCAUUAUUUGAUUGUGUGUAUAUUGACAUUAUUGUGUAUUUUCUUUGGUUUGCCACAAAAUGACCUUUUAUAUAUAUGAAAAAAGAAUAUACCACAGUAUAUACAGUAUUAAAUUAAGCUGUUUUUUUAUUUUAUUUGAAGAGAUCAAACUGGAUUUUUGGCACGUGUCAAAUUUCUGAACAUCAGAUGUGUGUAUAAGCUGACAUGCUGACAGUCUUCAAAUCUGCCAGUUUUCAAUUCUGAUGCCAUUUUGUUUUAAAACCACAUCUACAGAAUAUAUCCUCUCAGUCUGUCACAUCUGGUUCCAUUCAUUUACUUUCACUUUCGAGACAGUAAAUGUUUGAUAUUAAACUUGUUCAGCACACACACACACACACACACACACACACACACACACACACACACAAACACACACAAGAGCACACACACCAACACUUAACCCUUGGGGAUAGUCUUAGCAGCUUUUGUACACCUUUCAUCGCAAGUAGUGCAAUUACCGUAUAUGCUGUAGCUCAAGAAGGUUUUGCAUUUCAUUAUGUUCAUUUACUCUCAUUUUAAGGUGCAUAACAAAGUUUUAAAAUUAUUUUUCUGUACUAAUCCUAUUGUUGCAGCAGGUGCCUCUUGUUUAUGAACAGCAUCAAGUCCUUAGUUGCCAUCCGUCCACUCGCUGCAUCCAUUUACAGCUAGCUGCAACAGCAUAAUCCUACUGGAACUAAAUCCUAGUAUCAGGUCAACAUUGCAUACAGGUCGAAAUUGGUGACUCACAGUGUAGGUGCAAAUGAAACUGACUCGCUGUUGGUUGUGUUUUAUUUUUGGGUUGAAGUCAUAAGCUGAAGUUAAAUAAUCAUUUCAGGGAAAGUAAAAUGAAAGCAAGUGAACCAGAAUCAUUUUUUCUGAUAACCCCACUGUGCUCUGCUUCAUUCUGUCUGUAUGGCUCCUGGAUCUCCAUUAUAUCCUGUUCAGGUAUUUUUGUACAAAUAAGGGACUGAUAUAUUCUCUGUUUAUUGGAAAUUAGAAUAAAAUACAGCCUUGCUAUGAACCAAAAA